CUGUCAACAACACCACGACACCCCACCGCCCCUUUCACCCACAAUGGCGAAACGACAAGCUGCGGAAGCCCUCGAAGACAUCGCCGGCACCGAUUCCCCUUCCUUCAAGAAAUCCCGCGUCGAUAACUUCCACGAUCUACACAAUGGCUCCGAGCUUCCCCUCCAGCAGAGAAUGGAACUACACAGCCUGAAGGAAGCGCAGACAAGUCGGACUGAUGCGCCAGCAACGCCAGACGAAGAGGAUGACGAAGAAGAAGAUGAGGAUAGAACAAGGGCUCCUUUGCGACAAGAUGCGCCAUUAGAGGGAUUUGAUGAUCUGUACCUGGAUACGAUCAAGAGGGGCGUAUUGGACUUCGACUUUGAGAAACUCUGCUCUGUGUCGCUGUCCAACAUCAAUGUUUACGCCUGUUUGGUCUGCGGAAAAUACUAUCAAGGUCGAGGUCCCAAGUCACACGCCUACUUCCAUGCGCUCGAGGUGGGCCACCAUGUUUACAUCAACAUGCAGACGCAGAAGGUAUAUGUGUUGCCUGAAGGCUACGAGGUCAAGAACAAGAGUCUGGACGAUAUCAAGUUCGUGUCCGAUCCACGGUAUACCAAGGAGGAAGUGAUGGCGUUGGAUAGAGAGGCAACAACGGCUUGGGCACUGGGAGGAAAGGAAUAUGCGCCGGGGUUCGUGGGGAUGAACAACAUCAAGGAGAACGACUACUUCAAUGUCGUAGUACAGGCACUAUCGCAUGUCCCUCCUCUCCGGAAUUAUUUCAUGUUAGAAGAUUUCACUUCGUCGCCAGAACUGGUAAAACGCCUGUCCAUCCUCAUCCGCAAGAUCUGGAAUCCUCGAGCCUUCAAGUCCCACGUCUCGCCCCACGAACUCCUCCAAGAAAUCUCCCUCAAAUCAAGCAAACGAUUCAACCUAACCAACCAAUCCGACCCCGUCGACUUCCUCUCCUGGUUCCUCAACAACCUACAUCUCGCCUUGGGAGGAAGCAAGACCAAACCCGGAAGCAGCAUGAUCCAGCGCGUCUUCCAAGGAAAGCUGAAAGUCGAAUCUCAAGCCAUCACCGCAAAAGCCGACGCAGGCGACCGUCUCCGCUUCGAAGAAGCAGCAUCCGUACAAACGGACGUGAACAGAUUCAUGUUCUUAACCCUCGACCUUCCCACUGCACCUCUCUUCCAAGACGAGCUGGAGCGUAACAUCAUCCCGCAGAUACCACUCACCAAUAUCCUGAGCAAAUACGACGGGUUAAACGCCCAGGAACAUCUCAACCAGCGGAAACGAUACAGACUGCUUCACCCUCUCCCACCAUUUCUACUCUUCCACAUCAAGCGCUUCAGCAAGAACAAAUUUGUGGAGGAGCGCAACCCCACAAUCGUCACAUUCGACGCCAGGAAUCUCGAUAUGUCGCCAUAUGUGGAGCCUAAUCCCGCACUACAUCCCCCUGGUGAACCGAUCUGGUAUGACCUCGUGGCGAACAUCGUGCAUGAGGCUGUCAGAGGAAGGGAGGAUGCUGUGGAGGGCGAGCAGGAGAAGAGGGCUUGGAAGUGCCAGAUUAGGGACCGGGGGAGGGAGGAGUGGGUUGUGGUGCAGGAUUUGUUUGUGGAGAAGACGCAGAAGGAGCUGUUGUAUCUUGGGGAGAGUUAUUUGCAGGUUUGGGAGAGGAGGAGGGAGGGUGGUGGGAAGGGGAAGGGCAAGGUGCCUGUGAAGAGGUGAUAGCUCACAGGUGUACAGAGGAUAAGGAAAGGGCCGCUGCCAGAGACCAGCGCCGAGGACUUCGAGAUGUUGUCUUGAUGUGUGCUGGCUUCAAGCUGGCCAAUGCCAUGCCAUGCGCGGAAGGUCGAUUCCUGAAAAUAGGAUAUCCAGACCCACCGUAUAUCGACGAGAUGUUGGUUGAAGAAGUACUUCAGCUCAGGAAUAUGUACUUUUAUUGUGAAGAACUAAACAGCGGCUAAGAUGUAGGGUCUUCCAGGAGGGGAAGACGUCCUGAAGGGCAGAUCAUGAUACAAUAAUAUACCAGUACACACAUAUCUGUGCUCUCCCUUUUACAUGGUUUAUGACUCAUAGCAAGAGUAUUGCCAAAUGCAAAAUGGCGGCCCCCUUCGUACACCCUUUCCUACUAGCUACCCGAUCCCCAUAUAUCUCCAAUUUUCUCAUGUCAAGCUUAAUACGGGCCAUAUUUCUCUCUUUCUCAUUACGAAUCCAGGUGUAUUGCCCCAUCUUCGCUAUCUCAUGAUACAGACAGAUCCAUCCGAGCAAAGGACCAUAUGUCUUUCACAUUCUUCAAAAGAAGAAAAUUACGGAGUCUAUUUCCUACCGAAUCCUUCCUCCAGUGUCCUCCCUAGUCAACCGUCACGCUGUGACAUUGAUUUUCCCUUUGCGCUUUAUUGUCAUUUGAGCAGCUGAAUAACAUAAAUUACAUACCACCAAGUCAAUUCAGCACUCAGCCAU